AUGAGCAAUACAACAACACGAAAGGAUCCAAUAUCAACGCCACUGUUACAGUCUAAUGACAAUAAACGACAUUCACAACCACGAGGCCUUAUGCGACAAUCGCACAUUCUACAAUCUCGACGAGCUUCAAGUACCGGUACUUCAACAGGCACGCCAACUCAGCAUUACUGCUACGCCUGUGAUCAACCAUGCACGCAUAGCGACCGCAAGCAUAUCAACGCACUUGGACGCCUAUACCACUAUCAAUGUUUUGUUUGUGAAGAUUGUCAUACGUCAGUGACCAGCAGAUACUAUGCCAUCGAACGAGGAAAUCAACCAUCGAUCGUUUGUGAAAAGCAUUACUACAUCCACACACAAUGCGCCCAUUGCAAUGAACGUUUUCAAGCCGAUACUUUGGUUGAGUGGAUCAAUGGAUUGAAAUACCAUCAGCAAUGCAUACAAUGUCCUGGAUGUCUCUUGGCCAAACGUGCAUCUUCCUCCUCCUCCAGUCAAUCCUCCUUUACCAGUAAUGGCAAUUGGAAAAUCAUCAACAGAGGGCAAAGACAACAAAGUCACGAGCAAUUUGAGGAAAAAAGCAACUCUUUCACUUAUGAUGGAAAAUCUUAUUGUCGAUACCAUUAUUCAUUAUUACGCGGCACAGCAUGCAUUGGCUGCGGUCAGGCUGUAUUGGAUAAGCCUGUCGAAGAUGAUACUGAGCGAGGUCGUUGGUGGCAUUAUGAGUGUUUCAAAAUUUACAAGUACUGGCAAGUCAAGCUUGUUGAUCCUCGAUACGAUCGUCAUGAUGAAUUCUCGACAAUGAGCCCCAACGAGCUUAUUGCUAUCCAAACAACUAUGGAGACAACAAGGAAGCAAGUGUGGACUGAGUUGCACGCGUUUGAAGACUCGUUGGCAACGUAUAUCUAUGAUCUUGGAUUACACAUCACCGCUGGCUCCUUUCAUGAAUCCGUUUCCAUGGCACGUCAACUCGCAUGGCAUUUACGUGCAUUGUUCACGGCACAUCAAUCGAUCCACACCCUGUAUACCCAACAUGAUCUUAGCAACCAAAAAGUACCCGAGUGUAACAAGUGGACUCGAUUGAUCGGAUCUCAAAUAAUCCAGCUAUUUCAACUUUUCGAUACGCAAAAGGAGGACGAGGAACGACAUGUGUUUGGCAAAAAGGUGUUUGAUUUUGUUGGUAGCCUAGCAAACAGCCUCAAGGUCUUAUUACAUGAUGGUUUGGUUGAGGCAUUACAGCUGGAGCAUAACUCGGAUGUCAAGAAUGUGUUGUCUGUUUUCCUUCAGCCAUUUGGUGAUUUGAAGAGGCAUAGUGCAUGGAUACCAGGACGCUAUCUGUUUAAGGAAUCGCCAUUUCCAGAGACCGCCACGGCAGAGCAAGAAGACAAGUGUCGACAUUGCCAAAAGGUUAUCUUGGAUCCAUGCCUUCGUCAUGGUGUAGGAUCUUGGCAUUUGGGUUGCUUAAUAUGUGGUGCAUGUAAAAAGCAAAUCCAGCAUCCUCGUCAAGCACGCGUUGGCUAUCAUACAGAGAAAUCGGGCCAUGUUGAUAUGCUAUUGCUAUGCGACCAAUGCACUGUUGACCCGCGUAAUAGACCAAAGCACGUUAUGCAACAAACCCAGCUCAUCCCGGUUUCACAGUUGGAACAAUGCAUGCACUUGUUGCGUGUUGCACUUGCUCGUGUGGAACAACAAACAACCACGACAUUGGCCACAGGCAAAAACGGACUAAAGAAGAUGCAGCAUGCUGUGGAUGACAAAACAAAACAUUCGCAAAAUCGACAACAGCCACUUUCUUCUUCACCUGCUUCUUUUCGACAAUUGACAGUUGACACAGGAACAGCUGCUGCUGCUGCUGCUGACACUACCACGACGAUGCAACAAAAUGCUCAGCCUCAACAACAACAACAGCCAACCGGCACUAUAUAUUGGUCCAACGUCAAACGUAUGAAAUCAAGCCAAGCCGAUUCUACCACUACUACUACACCUCAUACGAUUGGCAACACACCCACACCACGACGUGCGUUAACGAUCCAUCAGCCAUCAAGUGAAGUGAUAAGCCCUACAUCACCAUCUUCGUCUCCCACGAGUAAAUUUGUUGGUUACAGCACGCUACGCAGAGCGCUGAGCACAGGUCGUGGUACUCGUAAUCAUACAAGUAGCACCCUUCCUGCUCAGCAACAACGUUUACAUGAAAAACCUACCGUUGCCACGCUACAACGCCAUCAUUGUCUCAAUAAUAGCUGUAAAAACGAGGACGCUAUGCAUUGGCUUGUCGAUGUUUCAGACCUCCAGGACUUUUUAUUGAGGAAUCUAGCAGCGCUUUAUGUUGAACGCUAUGUCGGUGGCUACUUUGAGAUUGAAGAGCUAUUAGCACUUGUUGAACCACGCAAGGAAUCGUUAUGGGGCAAAGUCAAGCUUCACUUUCGUUCAGCAAGACAAUAUUCACCAGCGGAUUGGAUGCUUACGACACCUUCAACCAGCAGCAGCCCAACUCAACAUACCAACGGCAACAACAACAACACCAAUAAUAGCACUCGUGUAUUUGGAGUAUCCUUGUCAAGCUUGGCAACCAAACAACGGCAUCACCCCAAAGACCAACCUGCACGUGCAAAUGCAUUACAGUAUGUGACCACCCAUCACCCUACAAUAGCUGCAUACAUUUCCGAGAAUGUCAUGGCUCCGAUCAUUGUGCAGGAUUGUAUCUUGGCUUUACUGCAACAAGAUUUGGCUGUGGAAGGCAUCUUUCGCAAAAAUGGUAACAUCCGUGAACUACGAGAAAUGUCACAAUCGGUCGACAGGGGUGAACCCUACUUUGAGCAGCUUAUGCAAAUAUCAUCAUCCAUUCAGCUGGCUGCUUUACUUAAACGAUUCAUUCGAGAUAUGCCAGAGCCUUUAUUGACCUUCAGGUUAUACAACCUUUUUCUUUCAAGUCUACAGAUGGAGACUGAGCAAGAAACAAAGGCAGUGUUACAUCUUGCAUGUUGCAUGUUGCCCAAGCCAAAUCGAGAUUUUAUGCAGCUGCUGUUUUUAUUCCUCAAUCAUGUUGCAUCGUUCCAUGCCAAGAAUCUCAUGGAUAUACACAACCUUGCAGUAGUACUGACACCUGGUGUAUUCUAUGCACCGCCAACGAUGGCAGAAAGGUACCGAAUGCCAAGGGAUGAGAUUAGAGUCGUGCAUUUACUCAUCAAAUACCAAGCCGAGUUCAUUACGGUACCCAAAGAAUUCAAUUUGGUUAUGCAAGAUAGUGGCAUGAUCAAAAGCCUAUACCACGCCGAUCUUACUUCGUCCAAAGACUUCGUACGCACCUAUGCUAAUAUGAUGAAAAUGAAGAAACAAGGAGGAAAUGCUGUGGGUGUGUCACCAUUAGCAAGUCGAUCAGCUAUCGCCUUGACCAGCGCUCCACCGCAGGCACGGAUGAAGUAG